GGGCGUUGGGAGCGACCGUUGAGGGGCGGGGCUCCACCGAGUGCACCGGGGCGGGAAGCAGUUGCCCCGAGAGGCGCUUAGCGCCUGGUGCGAUUGCCACCGCCAGCUCUUCCUCCUCCUCCAAACAAUGGACGAGUCCCCGAUGGUAGCUGGGCCCUUCCUGGCUGGUCCGGUCGCCAUGGGCGGGGAGAACGAGGCUGAAAGCCGGCAAGGCCCUGCGGACCGGGCCAACGGAGAGUCGCGGCUCAACCUCUUGGACACUUGUGGGGUGUGCAGGCAACACAUCCAGAGCCGGCGGCCUAAGCUGCUUCCUUGCCUUCACUCGGUCUGCCUGCGUUGCCUACCCCCUCCUCAUCGCUACCUCAUGCUGCCACCUCCCGCAGCCCCUUCGCCCGGCGGCGGCCCCAAAGACCCACCGCUGCCGCCGCCGCCGCUUCAACCGUCCCCGGUGCCCUCUUCGCCGGUCUCCGCGCCGCCUUCGCCGCUGCAUUGCAAUCCGGUUGGUGUCGUUCGCUGUCCAAUUUGUGGCCAGGAAUGUGCAGAAAGACACAUUAUUGACAACAUCUUUGUGAAGGAUACUACUGAGGUUCCCAGUAGUACAGUGGAGAAGUCAAAUCAGGUUUGUACAAGCUGUGAAGACAAUGCAGAAGCCAAUGGCUUUUGUGUGGAGUGUGUUGAGUGGUUAUGCAAGACAUGUAUACGGGCUCAUCAGAGAGUGAAAUUCACAAAAGACCAUACAGUCAGACAAAAAGAAGAGGUUUCUCCAGAAGCUGUUGGUGUAACCAGUCAAAGACCCGUGUUCUGCCCUUACCACAAAAAGGAGCAGCUGAAACUCUAUUGUGAAACGUGUGACAAGUUGACGUGUCGGGAUUGUCAGUUGCUGGAACACAAAGAACAUAGAUACCAGUUUAUAGAAGAAGCGUUUCAGAAUCAGAAAGUGAUCAUUGACACUCUUGUUACAAAACUGAUGGAGAAAAGCAAGUAUAUAAAAUAUACAGGGGAACAGAUUCAAAAUAGAAUCCAUGAAGUGAAUCGGAAUCAAAAACUGGUGGAACAAGAUAUUAAAGUUGCUAUUUUCACAUUGAUGGUAGAAAUAAACAAAAAGGGGAAAGCUCUGCUGCAUCAGCUUGAGUGUCUAGCUAAGGAACACCGGGCUAAGCUUCUACAACAGCAGCAAGAAGUGACAGGACUUUCUAAACAACUGGAACACGUUAUGAACUUUUCUAAGUGGGCAGUCUCCAGUGGGAGCAGCACAGCAUUAUUGUACAGCAAACGCCUGAUUACAUACCGGUUACGAUACCUCCUUAGAGCAAGGUGUGAUGCCUUACCAGUAUCUAAUGCUACCAUUCAGUUUCACUGUGAUCCUAGUUUCUGGGCUCAAAAUAUUUUCAACUUAGGUUCUUUGGUAAUUGAAGAUAGUGAAAUCCCACCACAUAUGCCUAAAAGCCCUGUGAUGGAACCAAACAUACAGCCACAAAGUGGUUUGCCUUCAAAUCAACUAUCCAAGUUCCCGACGCAGAUCAGUUUAGCUCAACUUCGACUUCAGCACAUGCAGCAGCAGGUGCUUGCUCAGAGGCAGCAGGCACAGCGGAGGACAGGUCCUGUGGGGCUCCCAGAUCCUAGAAUUGCAGGACCCAUGCACCAGACUCCUCCUCCUCCACCACCACCACCUCCUCCUCUUCCUCCUCCUCCUCAGCAGCCACCUCCACGUUUGGUUAACUUUCAGAAUCACAAUCUCAAAUCCAUUGGAUCAGUUCCUCUGGCUCAACCAGUGAGGUUACCUCAAAAUCAGAGCAUACCACAUGCAUCUGUAAAGCAAACUCCACUACAGAUGGCAAUUUUGGCACAGCAAGCCAUUAAACAGUGGCAGAUCAACAGUGGUCACGUUUCAGCUACUUCCUCGAGUGCUAGCAGUACAACUUCAACUCCCUCCAGUCCCACUAUUAAUAGUGUUGCUGGAAAUGACGGGAAGACUUUUGCUCCACCUAUGAUUGAUCUGACUUCAACAAUGAGUGGUUCCUAUACAUUGCCUUCUCUACCAGAUAUUGACUGUUCAGGAAGUGUUCCAUUGGAAAGUAUUGGGAGGAGAGAGGCAAUUGCAGAGCAGACCCAAACCAAACCACCUUCACGCAAAACUGUGCAGUCUCCUAAUUCUUCAGUUCCGUCUCCAGGACUUUCAGGGUUGGUUACAGUUUCUGCUGUCCAUCCUCCAAUGCGUUCACCCAGUGCCUCUAGUGUUGGAAGUCGAGGCAGCUCUAGUUCUUCUAGCAGACCAUCAGGUGCAGAUUCAACCCAGAGAGUCCCUGUGGUCAUGUUAGAGCCUAUCAGAAUAAAACAAGAGUCUGGCAUGCCAAGUGAGAACUAUGAUUUCCCAGUUGUCAUAGUGAAGCAGGAAACAGAUGAAGAAUCCCGGAAGCAAAAUUCCAGAUUUCCAAGAGCCUUGCUUUCCUCAGCGUUAAUGAAUAGCAGCCACUCUUCUGAAGCAUCAGCCUUGAGAACAGAAGCACCAGACAGUACAGGUGACCAACCCUCCAAUGGCAAGGCAGCAUGGAUAGGGGCUCCACACGGUGGAGACAGCAGAAAAGAUGAUGAUCCUAACGAGGAUUGGUGUGCAGUAUGUCAGAAUGGAGGAGAACUUUUGUGUUGUGAUAAGUGUCCUAAAGUGUUCCACCUUUCAUGUCAUGUUCCCACAGUCAGGAAUUUUCCAAGCGGUGAAUGGAUUUGCACAUUCUGCCGUGAUUUGUCUAAACCAGAAGUAGAAUAUGAUUGUGGUGUCUCAAGUCAUGUUUCUGAAGAAAAAAGAAAACUGGAAGGCAAUCUGGGUUUGGCACCUAUAGAUCAGAGGAAGUGUGAAAGAUUACUUCUGUACCUUUACUGCCAUGAAAUGAGCCUUGCUUUUCAAGAUCCAGUCCCUCCCACAGUGCCUGACUACUACAAAAUAAUUAAGAAGCCAAUGGAUUUGUCAACAAUCAAGAAUAGAUUGCAAACACAUCACACAGUAUAUACAAAACCAGAAGAUGUUAUAUCUGAUUUCAGACUGAUAUUUCAAAACUGUGCUGAAUUUAAUGAGCCUGAUUCUGAAAUAGCUGAUGCUGGAAUGAAACUAGGAGCUUACUUUGAGGAACUUCUGAAGAAUCUUUUUCCGGACAGAAAAUUCUCUGUUCAGCCUUAUUGCCAUUCUGGUAGAGAUAGUCCAGCCCUAACAGAUGACUCAGACGAUGAUUUUGUGCAACCCCGGAAAAAACGCCUCAAAUGGGAAGAGCACCAGUUUUUUUAAAUAAGCUGGUUAUAUGUACUCUUGAGCAUUUUUUACUUAAAUAUUUAUCAAUUUUCAUUUUGUAAAGAUAAUUUUUAACAUCAUUGAUUUCUACAGAUAUGGACACUUACUGGAACUAAUGCCUUCCCCUGUUGGUUUAUAUCUACCAAGGAGUUGGGCAUACGGGAAAUCUGUAAUUUUAAGCUUAUUUGGAAAUGCGUUACACUCCCAGUCCACAGGGAAAGCAGUUUUGUUUGAAAAAAAUAAAAACAACUAAAAUUACUAUUGGAAAUUGCUAUUUUAAGAAAAUGGGAUCUCAGUAGAAAUUAAUCUACCAAAGGCAUGUGGCUGGCCAGAAUUGUAAUUCUUUGUACUAUACUUAACCAUUAGCCACUGGGGGAAGAAAAGCACAUGGUUUGAUAUUGUCCUAAGUUCCUGAGAAGUACAAUGAAACUGUAGUUUUCCCAGAUACUUGUGCCCUAAAAUGUAAGGAGUGGGGAGAUGAAUUAAAAUUCUUUGAAAACUUA